AUGGAUGUGGUAAACAGUGUGAGUACAGGUCCGCGGUACAAGAGGGAGUUAUGCGCUGUGGUAUGCCUAGAUGUGGCAAAUGCAUUCAACUCGGCCGCUUGGGCCAAAAUCGAAGAAGCUCUAAGAGGGAAGAGUGUGCCAGCGUACCUGUUGCAUAUUCUGAGGAGUUACCUGAGUAAUAGGUCACUCUUGUACGGCGACGCGGAGCGGCGGGAGGUAACCAGUGGAGUUCCUCAAGGGUCGGUGCUCGGCCCACUAUUGUGGAAUAUAAUGUAUGACGAGCUAUUGCGAUUGGAAACGCCGGGAAAUAUAAAAGGCAUAUCAAGUUCAACGCUCAUUGCAUUCGCCGAUGAUGUUGCAGUUGUAGCGACUGGACAUACAACUACUCUGCUAGAAGAGGCCAUGAACCAAACGCUGGACUUGGUGUCAAAAUGGAUGAAGGAUACGGGCCUUACGCUCUCCGUCGGCAAAACGGAAGCAAUCAUGUUAACUACCAAACGCGGAUACACUCCCCCGAGGUUCAUCUUGGAGGGCGCACUGCUACAACUGCAGGAGCACGUCCGCUACCUCGGAGUGGAGCUAUGUAAAAAACUCGGCUUCGGCAAACAUUUGCAGUGUGCUGCUGAGAAGGCCACAAAAACGGUGAGCUCGCUGUCAAGAUUAAUGCCUAACGUCGGCGGCCCGAGGCAGAAGAAACGUCAACUGUUGAUGUCUGUCGCUCAGAGUCAACUGCUCUAUGCAGCGCCUAUAUGGGCCUCAGCGUUAGUAUUCGAAGUGAACAUCAAGAAGUUACUGAAACCUCAACGGAAGAUGGCCAUUAGGGUGUCGUCCGCCUAUUGUACCGUAUCGACCAACGCUAUACUGGUCGUUUCAGGACUGCUGCCCUUACACAUAAUGGUGCCUGAAAGAACAGCUAUGCGGGCAGCACAGAAGGCGGGCUCGGCACCUCCGUCGAAGAAAGAGUUGAGACAGGAGUCACUAAACAAGUGGCAGAAUGAGUGGGAGAAAUCAGGGACGGGCGAAUGGACGAAGAGGUUAAUUCCUGAUCUGCGGCCAUGGGUCUCAAGAUCGUUUGGUCUAGUGAACUUUCAUAUCACUCAGUUUCUCACUGGGCACGGAUGUUUUGGGAAGUAUCUAUGGAGGUUUAAGAAGCUGGACUCCCCCGUGUGCCAUGAUUGCCAGGCGCCGAUGGACGACCCUGAACAUGCGUUUUUCAUAUGCGACCGCUGGUGGAGGCGACGAAGAGCGCUAGAGGUUGCUACGGAUAUCGAGUUCACCCCUGAAACGGUAGUGAACACAAUGUUGGAGAGCAGAGCCAAGUGGGAUGCAGUAUGCGGGUUUGUGGUUGAAGUCCUUAAAACAAGGGAGGAAGAAGAACGGCAGCGGCAGCGACACAUCCAACAAAUCUGA